UUUAAUUUCAUUUAACAAUUUUUUUUUUUGCAGAGUUUGGCUGAACUGUGACAGGAUGGAUGAGCUAACUGACUACUUAAGGUCACGGCAUGUCCCCGAAGAAGACAUACAGCGAAUGGAACAAGAUAAGAUUGAUUCCAGUGUUAUACGUCUCAUGACAGAUGACCAGCUAAGCCAUUAUCUACCGUCCUAUGGUGAUCGACUGGCUGUGUUUGGAUACUGCAGGCGGAAAGACAAAGAUCCCAGCACUCGCAAAUCAAAACUCUUUGAGCGAUGUCUGAGCAUGGUCUUCAGACAGAAAGGGGACCGAGAGCAUGUGCUUGAGAGAGAGCAUCAAACCUCAUUAAGGAAUGCUCAGAAGAACCAGCGAAAAAUUGAGUUAGGGUGGAUGCACUUCCGAGAAGGGGAAUUUGUGCAGGUACGAACCAAAAAAGGUGGGGGAACCAGAAAAGAGAGUGUGCCAAAGGGUAGUAAAAAACAGCAGUUGAUUGAGAAGGCUGGGCAGCUUUUUUUUCCUGGUGGAAAAAAUGCAGAGGGAAACCUGACUGAUUUUGAUAUUGAUUUAACAGACUUUCAGCAGCAUACCUUAGAAGAUAGUAUCACCGGGGAGGAAGAUGGACCGGAGGACUGGGACCCGGUCCACCCUGGGCCCUACAGACGGAAACUGAAGAACGGCUUGACAGAUUAUUUGGGGGCGCAAAACAGGAAAGAGCACUGCCAAGAUGGUGUGAUAGAGACAGAGAGGGAGAGACAGAUGUAG